GGGCGAGGACCCCGGGGAGCAGCUGGCCUCGCCCCCCCAGAGGGAGAGCAGGAUCCGGAGAAAAGUCGGGUGUCUGCACCUUGAGGCCUGCCGGGUGGGCUGCUGGAGGGAGGGACGGGACUUCCGGCACCCUCCUCCCGUAUGCACCCCACCUUCUUUUCUUACCCCAGCACUGGCUCCCCUGCUGGGGCAGAGCCCGAGCGAGCUCUGCCCUCACAGCUUACGGUCUGGCAGCCAAGACACGUGCGGGGGACGGCACGGCCCAGCAUCCGGUGGCCAGUGGCCGGUGGCCGGCUGCUAAAGGCAUCAGGAGGAAGGAGAGGACAAAGAAGAAGCAGGUCACAGGGUGAUCACCCAACUGCCAUUUGGGGACCGUCCCCAGAGCUGUCACAUGACACUUCUGCUUAUCCCACUGGUCACACAACUACUGUCACGCAAGGGAUGCUGGGAAAUAUUUUCUCCCCUGAAAACUGGAGCACCUGGGCCAUCUGGUGUGCCUCAGAUGCCCCUAGGGAAUCUUCCAGCAUGUGUGGUGCGCAUCUCCUGCUCCACGGAAGCUGUGCCCAAGCCCCUGCAAAAGCCCCGUCGUGCAGCCCAGGGCAGGGGUCCUGUCUGGGUGAUGGAGAAGGAUCCCAGGGAGACCCACAGCCCAGGGAGGAGGGGGAACACGUGCCCCUCCCCCCUGCCCGGUGGGCACAGGUGAGCCGGCCGGGGGAACCACGGGAGAUGGUUGACCCUGGACCGCGUCCCUCAGGAUCCCCACCAGCCCUGCCCGGAGCCAGGAGCCCCGAGGCAAGUGCCACGUGUGGCUUCCGAAGCGAAAUCUCUUGUUCCUCGAGAAGAAGGCUGUCAGAGCCCGUGUCUCCUCACCGCCCUCCUGGCUUCCCAAGACUCGCCCACCGGCAUCUGCACGCGGACGUCUGGCGGACAUGUCCGCCCAGCGUGUCCCCGUCACCUCCAAAGCCCCCGCGCCGUCCCGUUCACCACACAUCACCACAUUCCCCCUGCGGCUCAGACGGGAGCCCCAGGACGAGCCGUAGGCCCCGCGGUCCCUCCCCCGAUAUCCGGCCAACGGUAAGAGGUGUCCGUUCACUCAGCCCGCGACAGCUCGCAGGUCCUUCCGCCUUCACGGGAACCAGCUUCGCCUUCUGGGCCUGAGCAGAUGCCCCCAGGUCCCCACCCCACCCCGCCGCCCCGCCACCCAGCCUCGGUGGCCCGUCAGCGGACGGAGGCUGCAGGCUUUGGCUCCCGCCGAGGUUGGCUCCGAGCUCCCCCAGGGUCUGGCGCUGCUCCGGGGGAGGGUCCCUCCUGCCCGUCCCAGCUCCCAGGGACCCCAGUGGCCCUCGGCUUGAGGCAGCGUCCCUGAGUGUCACUCUGGUCUCACUUGGCCUCCUCUCUCCUUCUCUGCUAAGGACGUCUGCCCUUGGAUUUUGUUCCCACCUAAACUAGGAUGAUCUCAUCUCAUGAUCCUUAACUUAAUUACAUCUACAAAGACUCUUUCCAAGGAAGGUCAUAGUGACAGACUCAGAGUAGGCAUAUCUUUUGGGGGCCACCGUCCACUCCACUAGAGUGUGUCCCUUGUCCUUCCCAUCUUCCAGCAUCUCCGCACCUGCAAAAGCUUCACCUCACCUUCCUCCUUCCGAAGGCAGCGCCCUGUCUGUCUGUCUCGUCAUCCUCUGUGCCUGGAGUGGGUGGACACUCUAAAUGCCUGUCUUCUGCUCCGAGGAAUCCCAGGCAGGGUGUAGGCGGCCAGCAGGAGACCCUGCCGGGCCCCCUGGCCCCAGACAAAUAGAAACCCAGGGUGGAGACUGGACCAAGCCGCCCCCACCGGCCGCGUCCACAGGCCCCUUGGUCCGCGUGAGAGCGCGAAGCUCAGGCUCCCCGAGGGGCCUGCACGACGGUGCGUGGCAGGUGCCCAGGCCUCCGCGGCCGGUCUGGGAGCACAGAGGCACGUUGGCACCAGAUGUGACUUGUGGGUGGGCACCAGCCCCUCGUCAGGCUGGCAGCUCGUUAAGGCAACUCAGGAAGCAGCCGAGGGGGCGAGUUCACAGCGGCGGGCGGGGAGCACACUUGGGUCUGACUCAUCAUUAUUUUACAGAAGUUCAAACACGAGGAGGAGGUGAACGUGUGACCCACUUCUGCCGGCUGAUGGGCACCGACACUGGCAGGAGUGCCAUGGCAACCAGACGCACGGGUUUCAUUACAGCAGCCCACGGCGCUUUCUCACCAAGAUUAAUGGGGAACAGACACCGUCACCUCUCGCAGCCGGGGAGGGGGGGCGGGGAAGGAGCAGCGGGCUCUAUUUACGAGUGGAGCCCCUGUGCACCCCGCCCUCCGUGGCCAGCUGCGCCCACGUACCUGCUGGGAGCCUGGGACACCCGGGGCCGCGAGGCAGGGCCGUGCCCGACCCCCUCCUCUGGUUCCCAAGGCCCC